GAGAAUGUAACCAAGAAGAGGAAGACGGGAGCGGGAAGUAGAGGUGUUGCAAACUUGACGCCGGAGCAGCUGGCGAAGAAAAGAGCAAAUGGUGAGUGUUUGCCAUAUCUCUUUUCUACCCCCCUUUACCGCGAAGCGCAACGUGCCAUCCGAGAGAGGACAAAGAACCAGAUUGAGAGGCUCGAGCGCCGCAUCCAUGAGCUUGAAGCUCAAAAACCGUAUCAGGACCUCCAGGUGGUGGUACGGGCCAAGGAGGCGAUAGAGGCAGAAAAUGCUGAGAUCAAAAGACGGCUGGCCAGCAUUAUUGGCAUGCUGCAGCCUUUGGUUGGGCCAAGUAAAGCAGAUAUGCCUAGCAUCAACCCUGCACUCCCAUACGCCACACCACCCAUUCCUGUGACGACGACAACAACAACAAGCAACAUUGCCUACCACCCUGCAGCAUCCACAAGUUCUGCAUCUCCGGCAGGAGGAAUGACUGAGCCCAUUCGCCAUGUUGCCCAGCCGCCGCUGCAGAGCUGGCAAAGCGGCGGCAGCAGUACGCCGCCAGCGCCGCGACAGGCUAGUGUUGCCGAUGCCGUCGACGAAGGCACCCAGGCCCUAUUAGAGCGUCAAGGCCAAUCGCUUCGGCACGGCUUGGACUUUGAGCAGGGCCGCUUUGAUCUAAACGCCCUGGUUGACUCUACUCAGGCCAUACCAAAGCUACAGAGGGGCCUCAACGGAGCACAAGACACGGGUGAAUACCGCCACGUCCCCAUGAAACAUGACUGGACACAAGUGAAUCGGGACUAUGCACCGCAGGCCCGGCCUGUGCCUACAUGGGAGUCACCCAUUCCCAUUCCACCGGCUGCUACCGAUUCAACUCCGGCAAUAGCACCACCCCUUGGCAUUACUCGGCAGAGUUCAGUCACUAGCCAGCCAGCGCCUGGCUCCGGUCCGGCCCCUGACGCCAGCAUUCCUAUUAUUCCACCUGUUCCUUAUCCUGACACACGAGCUGCUGUCCCAGAAACUCUGCUCCAGUUCACACGUCCCCUGCGCAAUUGCAGUCCUACCUGUCCGCUUGACGCUCUGCUUCUCGAUUUUCUCAGCGAGCGGCAACAGCGUGCUGCUGAAGGCUACCAGCCGCAUGAGGUGUCUGGCCCGCGGUAUCCAUCUGUUUCUUCUCUUCUCAAUCCAGAGAAUAGCAAAUACAGCCACCCAGUGUCUAGGGUUUUCACAGACAUCCUUACCAAAUUCCCCGAAGUGUCUGGCCUCCCCGAAAAGGUGUCCAUUCUAUAUGUAAUGUUUCUUUUCAUGCGAUGGCAGAUCUAUCCAACAAAAGAAAACUUGGACCGUUUGCCAGAAUGGAUCCGUCCAUUGCCUUGCCAGUAUGAGAUAGCGCAUGCCGCUUGGAUGGAUUUCAUGCCAUACCCGGCGAUGAGAGAGAGGGUAAUUAAAGCUGAGAACCCCGAGCUCUUUUACUUUGACAAUUUCUUUCUUCCGUUUACAUCCACCUUUACCGUCUCUUGGCCUUAUGAAGAGGCACAUACUUUACUACGAAACCCUGACUCGGAUGAGAUUAUGAUUAACCCGGUGUUUGAGAGCCACAUGCGCAACUUGGAUAAUUGGAAGCUAGGGAGGUUGUUCGCCGAGUCUUUUCCCAUGUUGGCUGAUACG